GUUCCACUCAUCCACCAUCCACCAUAUCCACCAUCCACCAUCCACCAUCCACCAUCUACCAUCUACCAUCUACCAUCUACCAUCUACCAUCUACCAUCUGCCCUCCACCUGCGUCCCACACUACGUAUUUUCCAAUGAAUUAAAGAUCAUCUAGCUCAUUGCCUGUUUUCUCUUCCAAUUUCUACUCAAUUGACCAACUCCCAGCCCUCUCUUGCAAUCUACACGUAAUAAUAACAACAGCAAUAAUAAUAAUAAUCUCGCAUGCUCUUGAAAAAUCCUCCUUGAUAUCGUUUCCGAGCUCAUCCAUCCCACACUCGUUCUCUUUGUUGUUAUUGUCCAUCUCAUCUGCUUUUGAUACGAGCGCUCAGCCAUGCUUGACUGAUUGGAAAACGUUAAAUCCAUCAAAUAUAUUGGGAACAUUCACAACCACCAUUCACACCUUCGUUUUGCCUUUCGGAAAAAGGAUCUGCCUUCUCUGAUUCCCCAUUGAUCAAACAUCCCUGGAGAACCUCUUUCCUCUUGGCCGCCCAUCAGGAACAUCAAGAAAGAAGCUUCGUCACUUCAGUCCCAAAAUUAGCACUCCUCGUUUCCAACUACGGCCAGUCGAGGGAAGCACUCCCUUGAAUAAAAUACCACCAAAGGUCUGCCAUCAUCUCCGCUGUCAUCAAUCCCGAAGGAUUGCUUCAAUGCCCUCUUCGAUUUGAUAUCCAACCGUCGCAAGCUAACUAACCAGGAGACCUUGUCUUCAGCUACGCUCCUUGCUCGAGCUAUAUUAUGGCCCCUUCCUUUUUGAAGGACUUUAAGAGGCGCUCCAAGUCCGGCGCAAAAACAACCGACUCCAGCACAGGUGAAUCUACUGGUAGCAAUGCGAGUGGUGGGAGCGCCCCUCGAAGCAACACAUUCACUUCGAGUAAAUCGCAAAUAUCCUUGAAUUCUUCUUAUGGCGCUACAACCCCACCAGCAAUGACGAAUUCACAGUCCUCAUCGAACCUCAACGGUAUGGGAGCAACUCGACCAAUUGUUUCUACUACCGGAUCAAAUAGACAUAGUGUAUCUGGGAUGUCGGGUGUUGGAUCCCCUUCUUCAAAGUCGGCUUUGCCCGUCUCGCCAUAUUCGCCGCGAAUUCUAUCUAUCACUGAUAACACAUGGGUAUACCAAAAGGUCUUAUCGAUAUAUGGCACAAUAUCGGAUCCAUCAGAAGUUCAGAUAGAUGGAACGCUCACAGUCACUCGUCUUGACGAUGGAUUUCCUCCAACAUACUGGCCAGUCUCCGAGUCUCAUUUUAAGGCACUUGUUUACCUUACCCCGGGACCUAAUAGAUUGAGAUUUGAUUUCACAUCCCCGAAACUCGCGAACAGCAACUCUCCUAAUCCUGUCCACUCCUCCUUCCUCACUCUUCACAUGCUGCCUACUCUUACAAAUCCUCCGCUUCAAUUGGUUAUACUGCUCGGAAAAGAUUCACCCGGCACAUUCGAUGCUGUUCCUUCGCGCAUCGAGAGAGAAGGCAAUGGCCUGGAUACUGCCAUACGAAAAUUUAGAAUGGCCGCUUAUCUAUGGCAAGCAUUUACCGCUGAGCAGAUGUACCGAAAUAAGCUUGGCAGGAGGACAUUUAGGUUCGAAGAAGAGUGGAUUACGGGUACCUCGAAUUACAGAGACCGGGAAGCUGGGACUAUGCGAAGUGAAGCCAAAAUCCAUGUUAUUCGGAGCUCUAAGACUGUUGCCGAACUUCGGCAUCUUGAUGUCGCCCAGCAGAAUGAAAAUGGUGCCCGCCGAGGCGAUCUAUUUUCAUUCGCCAGUGAAGAUGUCAAGAAUUAUUUUAAGCCCCAGCCAGGUCAGAAACAGUAUGUGACAGUCCUCCUCCUGGAUGCUCAUUGGGAGAAACAGCACAACAUGAUUACUGGUCACGCGGCCCUUGGAGGUGGAGGCGGCGAGCUUCAACUAGCUAUUUUUGGCAGUCAGGCAUUACAAAGUUAUCCAUCUACCCUCGAAGAAGUUGUGCCAGCGUUCUCUGAUUGUACAACCACUGAUACUAAUUUUGUGGCAAAUGACUGUAAUGAAUCUGGCAGCAACUGGGAGGCUGCCAACAUCGGAAUAGGUGCACACUUACAUGAAGUAGGCCAUUUGUUUGGAUGCCCCCAUCAAGAGAAUGGGGUAAUGCUUCGGGACUACGUCACGUUGAAUCGAUCAUUUACCACCAGAGAACCUUAUUCAACACGCACCAGAUCGAAGGGAGGGUUGGUUUUGCCGAGAGACGAAUGCACAUGGCAUAGACUGGACACUCUACGCUUUCGAAGUCACCCAUCAUUCGCACUUCCCAUAGAUCCUCCGCGAGCUAACGAUGACUCCGUCCAAGUAUGGCCUGUGGAUAAUGGAAGUGUGAUAAUUACAGCGGCAUCUGGGGUGGCUUUCCUUGAAAUAUUUACGGACGGCGAAGAUCUUUGCCACAAUUGGCAAGAGUUUGGAGAUGGGAAUGACAAUGGGCCCAUUCAACGACAAAUUUCUCUUACAGAGCAAGAUUUAAGAAAUCAAUUACCCGAAGACCGCCGAAAAUCGAAACUGAAGAUAUCUGUAAAGUCAUUCGCCGGUGGCAGCCAUGAUGUUGAUGACUUUGCUCAGCUAGUCUCAAAGGCUAGUAGGCUAAAAUUGAAGAAUGGACAGAUGGGUUUUAGAAGCAGUAAGCUGGGUGCAUCGCAGAUGGAUGGAACUCAGCCACAAGAAGUCGUAUUUGACAGUUCAAUUCAUCAAACGAAACUGAUGAUACAAGUGAGGGUUUGGGCGGGCUUCGCUCUCGAUGGUAUAGAGUUUAUAUAUGAAGAUGCGACCUCUCAGCUUUUUGGCAAGAGGGGUGGAUCACCUGCAGAUUUUAGUCUUGAUACACGUCGUGGAGAGUACAUUACUGGAUUUUACGUUAGAAGUGGGUUGUGGUUGGACGGAAUUGCAAUUAUGACUAGUUUAGGCAGGAAGUCCCAGGUUUUUGGAAACCCUGCUGGUGGUUCUGGGCAUACUUUGAUACCCCCGAGAGGAUACACUAUUGCAGGCGUUUCAGGAUCAUGUGCAUCAUGGAUUGAUGGGUUUGGUAUCAUUCUUACUCGGUAAAAAAAUGAAGGCAAUCGCUGGGGGAAGCGAAUGGUACGCAUUAAUAUUGUAUAAUUUGGUUUGGGAAGACGUGGCUAGAACGGUUUUACAGAUUACCGUUUAUUCUUUGAUAUUUAUUUCUCGGGGUGGUUAGUAACAAUACCUAGGUAAAAGCUUGAGUGCGGAUGGCGUAACUUGGGCAUAUCUAUAGAGGCGUUUUAGAAUAAAUGACAGAUUUUCCA